UGCUCUGCCUACAGGACUAGGACCAGCAGAGUGCAGACAGCUACCCUUGCUGGGACGCCUUUAUCUGGAUCAGUCCUAAGAAAUCUUUCUGGGGUUUUUCCUUUCCUUUGGGUUGGGUUUUUUUUUUCCCCAGCAGUAUUUCAGGAAGAUGUUUCCCAGCAAGUAGGUUUACAGAAACCUAUUUGGAACAAAAACUGUAUUAAGGAAAUUACUGGGAUAAGCAUAAACUUUGCAGUUUGUGACCCUGAGAUUAAUCUUACCACAAGUGUUUUGUGGAAGGGGCUGGCACGUGGGCUUUGUCCUCUUCACCAACCAGCCCCACUUGAAUGCUGACAAAAAUCAAACACUAAAAACAAAGGGAUCCACCACAAAAUACAUCCUUGGUCACUAUAACCAGCUCAAGGACAGCGAAAAGAUGGCAAACUCAUGAAAUAAAUCGCCUGCUGUCAAUUUCCUUCUGGUUCUCUGUGCUGCUGCCUACAUCUUGCCUGGCUUUUGAUCUCAGCUCGUUUUGUUUUCUCCUUCCUUUCCAUCUUGCUUGGUGGGACACUUGGGAUGUCCCCGUGUCUCCUCCUGCUGAAGCUCCAAGCCCUGCUUGUUGUGUGCCUGCACAGGAGCUGUGAUGACAGUGACCUACACCAACCGCGUGGCUGAUGCCCGCCUGGGCACCUUCUCCCAGCUCCUGCUCCAAUGGAAGGGCAGCAUCUACAAACUGCUCUACUCUGAGUUCCUGAUCUUCAUCUCGCUCUACUUCACCAUCAGCCUUGUCUACAGGCUGAUCCUGAGCGAGAGCCAAAGGCUGAUGUUUGAGAAGCUGGCGCUGUACUGCAACAGCUACGCCGAGCUAAUCCCUGUGUCCUUCGUGCUGGGUUUCUAUGUAGCCCUGGUGGUGUCCCGCUGGUGGGCCCAGUACGAGAGCAUCCCAUGGCCAGACCGGAUCAUGAACUUGGUGUCCUGCAACGUGGAUGGGGAGGAUGAGUAUGGGAGGCUCCUGCGCCGCACCCUGAUGCGCUAUAGCAACCUGGUCAGCGUGCUGAUCCUGCGCUCCGUCAGCACCGCCGUCUACAAGCGCUUCCCCAGCAUGGAGCACGUUGUGAGGGCAGGCCUCAUGACACCAGAAGAGCACAAGAAGUUUGAGAGCUUGAAUUCCCCCCACAACAAGUUUUGGAUCCCAUGUGUGUGGUUCUCCAACCUGGCUGUGAAGGCAAGGAAUGAGGGCAGGAUCAGGGACAGCGUGCUUCUCCAAGGCAUCCUGAAUGAGCUCAAUACCUUGCGCAGCCAAUGUGGGAAACUCUACGGGUAUGACUGGAUCAGCAUCCCCCUGGUCUACACCCAGGUGGUGACCGUGGCUGUUUACAGCUUCUUCCUGGCCUGUCUGAUUGGGAGGCAAUUCCUGGAUCCAGAGAAAGCAUAUCCUGGCCACGAGCUGGAUCUCUUCGUUCCUGUCUUUACGUUUUUGCAAUUCUUCUUCUAUGCUGGCUGGUUAAAGGUGGCUGAGCAGCUCAUCAACCCUUUUGGGGAGGACGACGAUGACUUUGAAGCCAACUGGCUCAUUGACAGGAACCUGCAGGUCUCCCUCAUGGCAGUGGAUGAGAUGCACCAGGAUUUACCCAUUCUGGAGAAGGACCUGUACUGGAACGAGCCUGAUCCCCAGCCACCCUACACCGCGGCCACUGCUGAGUACAAGCGCCCAUCCUUCCUGGGCUCCACUUUUGACAUCAGCAUGCAGAAGGAAGAGAUGGAGUUCCAGCCCCUGGAGCAGAUUAAAGAGAACGAGGAGGCCAACCACUCCACUCCCUUGCUGGGACACCUGAGCCGCCUCCUGGGUGUCCAGUCCCCGAACUUCUCCAGGUCCUCUUCCCGGAUGAACCUGCUGCGCCGGCGAGGAGAUCCCACGUCGCCCUUCUCCCAUUAUACCUACCAGGAUAUGGGGAAGGCCGGAAGCCCUUGUGGCAUCAAUCAGCCAAGGGGAGACUCCCAGGAGCAGUGGGACAGUGAAGAGGGAAAACUAAGGGAGUUUGAUGCUUUCAUGUCCACCCCCUUUUACGAGAGGCCUGGGUUCUACAGCGCUCCACAGACACCCAUCAGCUCCAUCCCCAUGAUUUUCCCUUCCCGACGCCAAGGGCGCAAGAAGCCACCGGCGCUCUCCAGCAUUGCUGCGUGCUCCACUUCCCUUCGGGAUGUCAUUGCCAGUGCCUCCCCUUCCAGGGCCAGCGACACGGACAAGAGCCAGAGCUCCCUGGGCUCUGCUGCAAAGGAAACCUUUGUUUGGCCAACAGAGCAGAGCAAAGGUCUCGACUCCGUAGCUGUGACAGUAGAAGAAGGAAAGAGCAGCUCCAGGGAAGCUGCCACCACAGGAAGCCCUGGAGCGCAGUCCACAGCAUCCAACAGCCCCAAAUUCCCCCUCCUGCCAGAGCCCACUGAGCAUGAGAAGCACAGCAGUUUCAAAAGCCUGAAAAGCUCCAAAGCCUCACACCCACCCUGGCUAAACCUGGAGAGCACAGCCUUGGCCACUCCCAACUCGGAGCAUUCCAGUGCCUUUCACACCCCCAGUAACAAAACCCCUGGAGGCAGCGCUGCCCUCUGCUUCUCCUUCACUCCUGUCACCUCUCCAGCACUGAAAAGGUCCCACAAGGGCAACCUGGGCCCUGAGGCUCUCAGCCUGAGUUUGGAAGAUGCAGCCAGCGCUCCAGACCAGCACCCAGAGGUUUCCAGGAACAUGAGAGAUGCUGGGAAUGGAAACACCAAUCCCCCAGCUCCCAAAGAGCCCAGGAGAGCAGAGAGUCCAUCCCCCAACGACUCUGGAAUCUCCCUAGCUGAGGGUGACUAUGUGGGGCUGAUGGAGGUGAUCCUGGAGGCCAGUGAAAGCCCAGGGGAGGAGCAGAUGGACCAGUACAGCUAAAGGGGAAUCCAUGGAUCCAUGGGAUACCUGCCUUAUCCUGGCACUCAUCCAAACAGAGGUGCUGGACACGCAGCUGGAGCUCAGUCUGGGCUGAAGGCAGCACUAAGAACACACUGCUCCUGGCCUCAGCUACAGCAGCAGGCACAACUCAUGUUGCAGUAAAGCAUCAAAAAACCCAACCUGUAGCAAAAGAACAAGACUUUGAGUGUUAAAUAUUGCAGGUACCAGCCUGACCAGCCAGGUGUGCCCCAGAAGAGGAGCACAGUUUAUGUGGAUACUUCCUUCCUCCUCAAAGCAAGAAUGAGAACUUGAGUCCUUUCUCAGGCAGAACUUGCACUCCUAACAAGAUAGUCCAGGGAAAAGUAAGGGACUGAAGAAAGCCCCAUCACUUGUGAUACAGACCCACAGUGCCUCUUCCAGUCCUGCCUGGCUGGUGUUUUCCAGUACUGGGAUAAGGCAAGGUAAGGGCUUGCCAGCACAGGCAGCUGCAGCAUCUGCCCGGCACAUUGCUUCCUUCUGAAGUUCUACAUCUCCCACCAGGAAUUUGACAGUGCUCAAGAGAAAGCUGGGUGGCAGCAGAUACCACUCAGCUAAUUUUUACUGCCCACCCUCAGAAAAUAAAAA